AUGGCAGUGAGUGGAGCGGUUGUCUCAGACUGAUCGCUGUUGCUUCUUGCUGCCUGACGAGUCGCAUUAUUUGACGCCCUUGAGCCUGAGCGCAUCAAAGGUCUGCCGUACAGCAUCAGCUCCGAUGUGUGGUCCCUAGGCUUGACCAUACUUGAGGUGGCUUCCAACCGCUUCCCCUUUCCUCCAGAAGGCGAACCGCCGCUGGGUCCCAUCGAUUUGCUGUCGUACGUGCUCAGCAUGGCAACGCCAGAGCUACAAGAUGACGAGGUGGCCGGAAUCAAGUGGAGCAAAGCUUUGAAAGACUUUAUAGAUAGGUGUUUGGAAAAGGAUUCUGCUAAGCGUCCAGGACCCAACAAGAUGCUGGGACAUCCUUUCAUCAAGAAGAGCGAGAGCAGGCAACCUCAGCCAGACAUUGCAAAGUUCGUCGCUGAUGUUUGGGGCUGGCCCUAUCCUCCUGCCGCUCCAGCGAGCGCAGCAGAAGGUGACACUUUCACUCCGACGGCUACAAAUGCGAGCGGUAAGACAGCUGCACCGUCCUCGGCCACAGCUGUGGCUGCCGCUUUUGCUCGACUGCCCAGCGUCAGGCGUGCACCUGGUGCACCGAGCAACCUUUCCCUCAAGACUGCGCCCAAUCCGUCUCAAUCACCGAGAGGUACAGUUCCAAAUACACCCACCGUCACUGCCUCUACACCUGUAGCCAUCGUGGACCCAGAAGGUAGAACGGCGGAGGAGAGAGCUGCUGCGAAGAUGAGGGAAGCGGACGUAGGUCUUGUGGGUAGCCCAACUUCUGAAUCCGCAUUUCCUUGA